GCGGCUUCAGCGGCAGCCGGGGAGGGGCUGAGAGCAUCGCGGUCAGGGUCCGCGCGGUGUCGCGGACUAACGGCCGCUGGAGGGGCCCCGGUCUGAAGCGGAGACCUCGGGCAUUGGACGGAAAGGAAGGAGCGGAGCCAUGGAGGGCAGCGGAGGCAACAGCAACAGGACCUCGGGAGGCCUGGCGGGGUUUUUCGGCGGGAGCGGCGCAGGGGUGAGCUACUCGAACGCCGAUCUGGCCGGAGUCCCCCUUACUGGUAUGAGUCCUCUGUCUCCAUAUUUAAACGUGGAUCCCAGAUAUCUUAUACAGAAAGCUCUGCUCUAUAGCGCAUUUGGUGUUGUCAUAGAAAAAACAAGAGGUGCAGAAGAUGACAUCAAUACAGUAGCAGCUGGAACCAUGACAGGAAUGUUAUAUAAAUGUACAGGUGGUCUUCGUGGAGUAGCAAGAGGUGGUCUGACAGGACUAACCCUUACUAGCCUGUAUGCAUUGUAUAACAACUGGGAGCAUAUGAAAGGUUCCUUGACACAACAGUCGCUUUAGAGCUUAUACUGAGAACUGAAUGGAUAGAGGACACAUCAAAAGUUCUCCAGGUUGAUUUGUAAAAAUCAAUUUGGGGCAAUAUUCUGAUCUACCUACAUUUAAUAUGAAAAAAAAUAACAGGAUCUUUUGUACUGUCAUGAAGAUCACUGGCACAGUUUACCAGGACUGGCACUUCUUCCAGCCAGUAGUGUUGGAGCCAAAAGCAUCUGAUGCCUCAUUGAGUAGCACAGUCAUCAUUUUCUCCUUUGAAAACUUUCUGCUGCAUGUCCACUCUCCACUACCCCUGAACUUUUGAAAUAAGACUUGUUCCCAGAUUCAGGUCACAUAAUUGUGAACAUCAUACCCACCAGGUUAAUUCAUUUAAUGAUUUAUUGUGAACUAUAAUACACUGCUUUAUUCCCAAUAAAGAGUGUUCCUCGAACCAAAA